AUGGCUUGCCUAGCCAAGACUAUGAGUGAUCCUGGCCCCUCCAACUUCACUGCAAAAAAAGGCUCUUCUGGUAUAUUUACCUGGUACGACGAAGACGACGAUCUCAGUUACACUCUUACCGACGCAGCUGACCCCCUGCCUCCGACCGUACCCUUGGAUGAUCCAAAAUUCAAGUUGGUGUACGAUGCUGGGGAUAGCUCUGCAGUCUGGUCUGUAGAAAACAGCGCUUUUUGCAAGGUCAAACUAUGCCGCCCAGGUAUAACUUCUGAAGCUGCAACACUGGAGUUCGUACAGAAGCUUGUCAAUAAGCAGCAGCCUGAUUUCGAGAUCCCGUGA